UUGUUGACCGAGUUGACUCGGUCAACGGUCAACCCUCCUUUGACCGAGUUGACCCGGUCAACUCAGUCAACCGAACAGAUUCAGCACCCGUCUUCCUCAAUUCCGACGUCGAAUUUUCCGAAGAAAACAUUUGCUGAAGUCCUUGCACCAACACGGGCCUCGAAACCUGCAACACCGGCACCGCACAAAUACUUCCCUGUAGACUUGCCAUCGCCCGGUAUCGGUACAGUUUUGACAGGCGACAAAGGUCCAACAUUGCUAUUCACAGAUGAUGAGACCGAAGUCCUUGCAGCUCCAUUCAAAUUUGCACUCGUGGGCAAAUUUUCACAUGGAGCACCCUCAUACAGCAUCCUGCACAAACUAAUCGCUGGAACGGGCAUCAAAAACAAAUUCACGGUUAGUAUGCUCAACACCAGACAUGUCUUAAUUUCCCUAUCUUGUGAAGCGGAUUUUUCUCGUCUGUGGUUGCGGCGUAUUUGGUAUAUUCAGGGGUACCCAAUGCGCGUCUUCAAGUGGACUCCUGCUUUCACACCGUCUAAGGAGUCAUCAAUUGUACCGGUGUGGGUUAGUUUUCCGGAGCUACCAGCACAUCUGUUCCGCAAGGAAGUUCUAUUCACGGUGGCGAGCAUGAUUGGAACUCCUCUGCAAAUUGACGAUGCGACACUCAAUCAGUCCAAGCUCUCCAAGGCAAGGGCAUGCAUUGAAUUGGAUCUUCUCAAACCGCGCCUUGAAAACUUUCAAAUCCAGAUUUGUGGGACAACUAUUGUGCAACGUAUUGAGUACGAGGAUAUCCCGCACUACUGCUCUUUGUGCAAACAUGUUGGGCAUCAAGACUCAGACUGCUAUACGAAAGGCGAUGCUCCGAAACCACCCCCUCGGAAGCCGAGCAAUCGUGCUGGAAAGAAGGUUGCUGAAGAGGUCGGGCGAGGCAAAGCAGUGGCAAAGGAAACUGGUGAGAGCUCAAAGAUGAUGGACCAGCCUGCAAAGGACCCCAGGUACCAAACUGAACACAAAACUGAUUCUAUGGCUAGCGUGGAUGAAAAUAUUGUUUCUGUUGAUAUUGCUAACACCACAUGUGAGGAGGGAAAAGCAAAUAAAAUGGCUGAAGGAAAUUGGAUACAAGUUGGAAAUGCUACCAUGCUUUUACAAGAGAAUUCAGAUAAGGGGGAGACUCUGGUUAUCGAUGCCACGCCAUUGAAGAUCUGCGAUCCACCUUGCUUUACCAAUUGCAACCCUGCAGACUCGGUUGAGCAGUUAUUAUUGGAGCUGGCAUCCCCGGACAAACUGCCUAGAAAUGAUUUCAUUGUAGAGAUAUUGCCGGAGUACUUGGUCAAGAAUACAGAGUUAAAACUUCGAGUAAUGAAACAGAGGAGUACUUCCUGCGGUCCAAGAAUAAAGACAGACCGAAUCAAGGAAAAGUGGAAGAAACAAAAUGGUUAA